AUGAAGAGCCGACCCAGCUCUUUGAAACGUCAGCAGUUAAAUAAACCUGUUCCGGAGAGCCAAUUUUCUUCUUCUUCUUCUACUACUACUACUGCUGCUGCUGCUGCUGCUGCUGCUGCUGCUGCUGCUACUACUACUACUACUACUACUACUACUACUACUACUACUACUACUACUACUACUACUACUACUACUACUACUACUACUACUACUACUACUACUACUACUACUACUACUACUACUACUACUACUACUACUACUACUACCGCCCAACUUUGCAAGCUACAUUCUGAACUACCUGUCGACCACAGGGAUCGUGGGGCCGCCACUGAGGAUUAUCAGCAGGCAGGCAGUUUUUCCGGACACGAUGGCAUUUUCCAAAUCUAA